AGCCAGAUGAGAGAGCUCUCCAUCAGCCUCUUCCGAGAUGUGAUGGAGACUGUGGUGGGGAAGGACAAGAGGAGGAUGAAGAAGAAAGUGCGAAGGGGCCUUCUCCCGCUCUUCUUUCACAUGUGUGAUGAGACCGACAGCGUGGCCAAGGUCUCUGGGGAAGCCCUCAUCACCACCGCAGAGCUCCUCAAGUGGAAAGAGCUCAAACACCUGGUGCAGACACAGCAGACAUGGAGGACUGGAGAGUGCUUGCUGGUGCAGGACAGGAGCAGGGCGGAAGAAUACUUGAGCCAGAGCCUGCCGUACCUGGGGGACGCUCAGGCCACCUUGCGAGAGAUGGCCGUGAGGUUCAUCGGGCUUGCUGCGCGGCCCCUGAGGGACCAAAGCAGGGAGAAGCUGGCUGAGAUCUGCAGGGCUCUUCAGCCCAUGCAAGAAGACAGCGAACCCGCCAUCUCUUCCCUGGCACUUCAGACCACCUUCAUCCUGAACUCUCCAAGGGUGCAGCGCACAUGGGGACGCAGCCUGCGAGCACUGUGCUGCGGGUGCUGCUGAGCCAGGCAGAGGUGCAGCUUUCCUCGGGAAAGCG